AUGGAAAAGGCAGUUCGCAAGGCAACAAAACCUAAGCGUGCUGCUCCAAAAGCAAAAUAUCUAAAAGUAUUAAUAGAAGCAACUUCGGAUGAUUCUGCUUUAGGGUCGGCACUAAAACAUCUUAAUCAUCGUUUAAAGGAACACAGCUGGACAGUUGUUUUCAAAAGUCUUAUUGUUAUUCAUGUUUUAAUGAGACAAGGUGUAAAUGCUCGUGUUUUAAAUUAUUUGGUGAGAGAUCCAACAAUUUUAAAUGUAUCAAGUUUUAAAGAUAGGUCAGGUACUCAAGGUUCAGAGCAAACUAAAAAUAUUCAUACAUAUGCCGCGUAUAUUGAAGAAAAAGUAGCUGUAUACCGAGACUUAAAAGUCGAUUUUGUCAGAGAAAAAUUAAAUAAUGGCGAAGGUCGAUUAAGAAAGCUUUCAGUUGAAAAGGGACUUUUACGAGAAGUUGAAAUACUUCAACGUCAAAUAGCAGCUUUACUAAAUUGCAAGUUCUUCAUAGAUGAAGUAGAUAACGAAGUAACGUUGACAGCAUUUCGACUCCUUGUUGAGGAUUUACUUACACUAUUUCAAGCUAUUAACGAGGGAGUCAUCAACAUUUAUAAAAAGUAUGUCCAACAGACUGAAAAAGUUGUUGAUUAUCUUAGCAUAGCAAAAAGAAUGCAAGCAGCUCUUAGAAUGAGCGUUCCAAACCUAAAACAUGCUCCUACAUCUCUAACAGCUACUCUAGAAGAGUAUGUUAAUGAUCCAGACUUCGAGGAAAACAGAAGACAAUAUAAUGAAAAUAAGGGUUUAAAACAGGACAAACAAACUGUUGAUAACAAAACCCCAUCGAAUAGCAUUCCUAAAAAUACUGUAAAAAGUGUAGAAUCCUCUGUUCCUUCAAACGUUACAAAUGUUACCAAAACAUCCUCAAAAGAAAGAGAGUUUGUUGAUUUCUUCUCAAGUAUAGAACAAGAACAAACCUUGAUUUUUGGUCCGCUUCAAACGUAUUCUCCCACAAAUACGUUAAGUCGCAGCGUUACCAACCCAUUUAUAGGGAUUCAAAAUCAACGCAUAAACGAAUUUUCUUCACAACCUCAGAUAGUUCAAUCACCAGUUACUUCUCAAGAUACUAAUCCAUUUCGAUCUACCAUUAUCGGUCAAGAUGUGUCCUCUAAUAGAUCUUCCACUAUGUUUGGUCAAGAUAUGUCCUCUAAUAGAGCUUCAAUUUUGACAUCCGUGCAGCAAAAUCCAUUCCAAUCUUCUAUACCUACUUCGUCAUAUAGUAAUCCAUUCACUUCUAUGAAUACUAUUCAAUCUCCACAAUUAUCUCAACAAUUAUCUCCACAAUCUAUGCAAAUAACUCCAAUUCAAUCCAAUACUACUUUAGAUAGUAACCCGUUUAGAAAGUCUAUGCUUCCAACUACAUUUAAUCCUUUUCCUCAAUCAAUGCCUCAAGGGCCUCCUAUUAAUUAUCAAAUUGAUCCUAUGAAUUCGACUGAUACUUCAUUCCCUAUUAACCAAUUUCAACCUCAUGCUGCAGGAAAUUUGACUUAA